GUCUGGGACCUGCGGGAGGGCAGGAGGCGGACGGGACCCCGACGGUCUGAGGGAGUUGUCCUGGCUCCGAUCGGGGAGGAGUUUUGGGGGCGGCGGGUUCACGGCUAACUCUGGUCGUGGUCGAGGCCUGGUCAGCCCGGCCGCCGCGGACCCGAGUCCAGGAGCCUCAGGUUCCCCAGCGGAGAGGGGCUCUGCGGCGGUGGCUGGAGCUGCUUCCUAAUCCCGACCCGAGGGUCAUGGGCCUGACGCUUCUGCACCCGGGAAAAGUUGACGAUCUGCGAAAUUUCAAGAACCGGACAUCUGUGCAGUUUUGGAGCUGUCAACACUGUACAGAAGUUCAGAGUUCUAGCGGACAGAGAUUAGAAUGGCUUCCAGAGGAAAGACUGAGACAAGCAAACUGAAGCAGAAUUUGGAGGAACAGCUGGAUAGACUCAUGCAGCAGUUACAAGACCUGGAGGAAUGCAGAGAGGAGCUUGACACAGAUGAAUAUGAGGAGACCAAAAAGGAAACUCUGGAGCAGCUGAGUGAAUUUAAUGAUUCACUGAAGAAGAUUAUGUCUGGAAACAUGACGCUGGUGGACGAGCUCAGCGGGAUGCAGCUGGCUAUUCAGGCGGCCAUCAGUCAGGCCUUCAAAACCCCAGAGGUCAUCAGAUUGUUUGCAAAGAAGCAACCUGGUCAGCUUCGGACAAGGUUAGCAGAGAUGGACAGAGACCUGAUGGUGGGCAAGCUGGCCCGGGACCUGUACACUCAGCAGAAAGUGGAGAUCCUCACGGCCCUGCGCAAGCUCGGCGAGAAGCUGACUGCAGAUGACGAGGCCUUCCUGUCCGCAAAUGCUGGUGCUGUCCUCAGCCAGUUUGAGAAAGUCUCCUCCGACCUCAGCUCUGGAGACAAGGUCUUCGCUCUGGCAAGUUGUGAAGUUGAAAGAGCGAAAAAAUGAAGCGGUUUGCAGCUGGUGCUGUUGAUUGCAUCCUCACUGUGCACGGUGGGUUUCUCCUGAGGGUUCCGAGCCAUCACAGCCACGCAGAGCCUCUCAACAUGCACUCACUGGAGCGGGCUCCGUGUGAGGCCUGGGCCGUGGGCAGUGAGGGACUCGCUGGCCCUCGCCCCUUAUGGCCUCUCUGUUUGCGAGGGAAAACAUAAAGCGACUUCUGUGUGUUUCUGAAGA